CCCAGUAAAAUCUGGGCUGAUGAUUGUCUUGGGUCCGUGGAAGUGAACGGACAGAGUCGACGGAUGGAAGCAUCCGGCUGACGGAGAUAAACCAAGGGGAGGAACAGUAGCAGAGCUGAUCCGAUAGACUGCGUCUGCAAAGCUUGACGUCUCUAUAUCUCUAUAGUUGAUGUCCUCUUUGCAGAUGAUCUCUUUAUCAUUUAUGUACACAAAACUCUGAAGUGGGGGAGGAGAGUGGAGCAUGAUGUUGACCGAAACUGAGGAGUCAUAUGACUUGCUUUACUAGGCUGCUUCAGUACUUUGUUAGUCUAUCAGGGAUGGUGAUUGGAACAACUAGGCACUAUAAACUUUUUUUUCAUUUCAGUCCUCUUAUAAAGCAACGUCAUUACAUUCACUCAGCUUUAUCAUCACAAAAGCUUGAGCAGGUUGUUAGAGCUGAAGUAGAAGCCAAAAACUAUGAGAAAAUUCCCGACCUUCUCAUUUCCUCGGAGUCCUGUCCAAGUCCAAGUCCAAAUCCAAAUCCUUUUUCUUUCUUCUCUUCAUUUCCCCAAAACUUGAGAGUGCAAAUUAUUGAUGAAAUGUUGCAAUCAUUCAUACCUCUUAGACCUCGCUCUAAGCCUCAGAUAGCCUAUUCAUAUCUUCUUUCCUAUACCCUUGAAAGCUCUGAUCCCUUCCCUCUUGCUCUUGCCAUUAUACAACGGACUCUUCGUUCUGGUUGCAUUCCUGUUCCUCAAACCCAUCUUCUCCUCACAUCUGCUUGGUUGAACAAACGACAGCAAAGUCAUUCCGUUUCUAGCAUUUUACUUGAGAUGCAGUCAAUCAGAUAUGAACCCGACUGCAAUACUUGUAAUUAUCUACUAUCAUCACUAUGUGCUGUUGAUCAGUGGAUGGAGGCAGUUAAAGUUCUGAAAGGCAUGAGUGGAGCAGGAUGCUUUCCUGAUCAAGAGAGUUAUGCCAUUGUGAUUAGAGCAACGUGCAGAGUAAGAAGGACUACUGAGGCACUGGAUCUGAUGAAGCAAAUGGUGGGUAGAUGCAGGUUGAGCCCAGGACAGGGAGCACUGAUGAAAUUGUUGGCAGCAUUACGGGCAAAUAGGGAAAUAUGGAAAGCAGUUGAGAUGAUUGAGUUCCUGGAGAAUGAGGGUUACACUGUCGGAUUUGAGAUCUACGAGAUGGUGAUCGAAGGGUGCUUGGAGAAAGCCGAGUACCUUUUGGCUGGAAAGGUUGCAAUGAGGAUGACAGAAAGAGGUUUCAUACCAUAUAUCAAGGUCAGGCAUAAGAUAAUUGAAGGCUUGGCUAGUGCUGGUGAGUGGAAGAUAGCUUGUGCUGUGAGGCAAAGAUUUGCAUCACUUGGAUCUUAGCAGCCAAAUUGCUAAUGAAGUAGGCUACACUGACAUAUUAUUGCCUAAGAGGGUACGUAUAUGUUACAGAGACUGCGGCAUCUACACUUCUAUUCUCAUUUUUUCCCCCAGUUGAAGACACCUUUUGUAAGAUAAUCAUACACUUUUAUGUAGAGAAGCGGUACAAUACUGAGAUUUUGUAAAAUAUGUUGGGGACUGAAAGUCUUAAAAGCGGAAAUAGAGUGAGGAUAGUACAUCGCACAUUUGGGUAGGAUUUAAA